UUGUGUUAACCCGGUCUGUCCUCGAUGUUCGAAUUGCGUUCGAACCUACUUAGAGAACGUAUACUUGAAGACAGGAAUGAAUCGUUGUUCUGCAGGCUGUGUUUCCUAGUCCAGCGAAAGUGCCCUUCCGCUGUGUAGUGAGGAGCGAAAUUUGUCCAUUACCACCGAAGUUUCGACAUGUCGUUUCCAAACAAGAAAGCGCGUCAGGCUUGCUGGAGAGCGAGAGACAACUACUGGUUGUGUCUAGAUCAAAAUCAGGAUGAGGUAUCGCCGUGCGAAGCCAUGCGAGACAUUUUCGAAAAAAUGUGCCCAUCCACAUGGGUCAAACACUUUGAUCGUAAACGGGAUUACGAAAAGUUCAAGAACAAGAUCCUCAACGAGGGAAUCGACCCGUUGGAUACAAGAGAGAAUAAAUAGCUUACCUAGGUAUAUUUCAUUCGCGCAGUAUAUAGCCCGAAGUUGUUCGCCUUGGCGUUUUUGCAAGAAGACGCCCAGGCUGUACAACCACUUACGCAUGCUUAAGGCACUAACGGUGUCUUAGGCGGCGAAGUGCUGAAGUAAAGAGGAUCUGAAGUGUAAAUUUCAGACUGCCUUUAAGCUUGUACAUAUACAAAGAAGGAAACCUGAGUGUGACGUAUAGUCACGUACCAAGAUUUUAAUAUCAUAAUAAUGUUAAUAAAAACUAAAUGUUUUACUUGA